GCGUGCGUAUGGGAGAACGCAGCUGCGCUUCGAGAGGGAAGAACUAGACAAGCAGGCGAUUUAAUGUGCGCAUAAUCCUCUUGUCUGUGAAUGUUUAAGAGAAAAACAUCAUUAUCUAUUAAGAGCAUGAUUGCACGUGUUAUGUUCAUAAUAAACGCCUAGACGACGAAAAUAUUUUCAGCGUAGAAAUAAGAGACAUUUAGAAUGGCUAGCAGCUGAAAAAAUGAUAUGCUGUGGCCACAAUGUCAAAAAAAGAAGAUUCAGGUGGAAAGAAGGGUUCUCACCAAACUGAACUGUAUGCAGAAGUCCCUGCGACAUGCCUCCCUAUUGUCUAUUCCCCAGAGUACAACAUCACCUUCAUGGGUCUGGAAAAACUGCAUCCCUUUGACGCAGGCAAAUGGGGCAAGGUCAUUCACUUCUUAAAAGAAGAACAGUUCAUCACAGAUGAGAACAUUGUUCCAGCCAGGGAGGCCAGUGAAGCAGAUCUUCUUGUGGUUCACACUGCACGUUACCUGAACAGACUCAAGAACGCUAUCUUGGAGGGCUCCAGAGAGUGGUCUCUGGUAGUUGCCAGCAUCACAGAAAUCCCACCUCUGCUGUUCUUGCCCAACUUCCUGGUACAGCGUAAAGUUCUGAGACCCUUGCGCACACAAACGGGAGGAACCAUUAUGGCUGGAAAGCUGGCAAUGGAUAGAGGAUGGGCGAUAAAUGUGGGAGGAGGUUUCCAUCACUGCUCGAGUGACAAAGGAGGAGGUUUUUGUGCCUAUGCUGACAUCACACUUGCUAUCAAGUUUCUCUUUGAGAGGGUGGAGGGGGUUGCUAGGGCCACCAUCAUCGAUCUAGAUGCCCAUCAGGGAAACGGACAUGAGCGGGAUUUCCUUGAAGACAGACGUGUUUACAUAAUGGAUGUCUAUAAUCGCCACAUCUAUCCAGGAGACGGAUAUGCAAAGAGGGCGAUUAAGCGAAAAGUGGAGCUGGACUGGGGCACGGAAGACAUGGAGUAUCUCCAGAAGGUGGAGCUCCACUCAGAAGGGGCAAUGAACGAAAUACGGCCCGACAUCAUCAUCUACAAUGCAGGCACGGACAUCCUUGACGGAGAUCCUCUCGGAGGUCUGGCGAUAUCCCCUCAGGGUAUAGUAAAGAGAGAUGAGAUUGUCUUCAGGGCAGCUCGGCGGAGAGGGAUCCCCAUCCUGAUGGUGACGUCAGGGGGCUACCAGAAGAAGACCGCCCGCAUCAUCGCUGACUCCAUCCUGAAUCUGCACAGGCAGGGUUUGAUUGGUGAAGAGGCUGUAGAGUGUGCAGGACCCUCACAUAUGCCGCUUAUGAUGAGCAAGUCUGUGUCUUCAACGGCCAUGUUUAAUGCCAUUUGACCUUGUCAAGUAUGUUAAACUGCACAUGCUGUUAAUUUACCUAAUGCAGACAUAUAGAACUAAUAUUUGAUGUUCUAAUCAGGAAUCGAAUGAUUUGGUGUGUUGAACAGGGAUUGAAUCGUGGCUAUAGUUUUCGUAGUUCAUUAUUUUGAACUUUGUUACUCAUGUGUUACAUUUAUUGUGAUAGCAUUGGAGUGAAGUUCUAAAAGGAUAGUUAACCCAAAAAAUUUAAUAAAAACUGUCAUUUUCUCAUUCUCAUGUCGUUCCAAACCUGUAUGACUUUCUUUCUUGCUCGAAACGCAAAAUGAGGCAUUUACCAGAAUGUCCAAGCAGUUCUUUCCAUACAAAGAAAGUGGAUAGGGCUUUUAUGAAGCUUUAAAAGGACCAUACAAGCAUAAAAAAGGAGUCCAUAUGACUUUUGCACUACAUUCCAAGUCUUUUGAAGCCAUAAGAUAGCUUUUUGUGAGGAUUAGAUAAUUCUCUCAUCAUUUACUCACAUUUUUGCCAUCUCAAACUCGUAUGAUUUUCUUUCUACUGCGGAACACAAAUGAAGAUAUUUUGCAAUCAUGAUUUGAAGCUAGGUCACACUUCCUUGUGCGUGACGCAUGAACACGUGUCAACCACAAGGAAGUAUAAACAAGCUUCAAAUCAUGAUUGCACCAAGGAGACUACAGAUGUCAUGAUUUAUAUUGAAAAAGGAGUUACAUUUUGGUCCAUUUCUCACCAAAAACCGAACAUAUCGCUUCGGAAGACGGAUUAAACCACUUGAGUUUUAUGAGAUUGAAAGUGUUGGACCCCAUUGACUUGUAUUUUAUGGGUAUAUUCACAUUCUAUCUCCAUCAGAAUAUCUUCGUUUGUGUUCUGCAAAAGAAAGAAAGUCAGACUUAAGGUCUAAGUGAUCAGAGAAUUAUUAUUUUUCUGUGAAGUAUUCCUUUAAGUUGUUAUUCACUGAAAAUGUUGCCUUGGAAAUCUGGUUUGACUGCCGUGGUCACCAUUGACUUCCAUUAUAUGAAAAAGAGCAGCUUGGACAGUCUUCUAGAUGACUCCAUUUGUGUUCCAUAUGAGAAAGAAAGUCAUAAAGAUUUGGAACAGUAUGAGACAGAAUUUUCAUUUUCAUCUCUUUAAGUGUGAUAUUUCCAGUUUCUUUUUCUUUGUAUGGGUAUUUUAUGCAAUGCGCAUUUUUGCACGUUUUUAAAUGACUAUAAUUGGUUCCCACAGGUUGGGCAUAAAAAGAGAACUGAUCUCUACUUAAUUUAUGUACAAAUUUAAUCUUUUGUUGUAGAGUUAUACAUUCCCCUGCAACUCCCCCGGUUGACGUCACACACAUAAAGAAUAUACAGUAUGCCAGGAGUUGAUUUUAUUGAGCGAUUUGUGGCAGCUCUCUCCAACAUCAAAUUAGAUGUAUUCUAUUAUGGCAUUAUGAAUCAAUUUUGGAUUCAUCACAGAUUCCUCACUGCUACGGCCUGCUCUGCUAUCAUGCCUUAAAUUAUUCUGUGACAUUAAAUGGAAGUUGCUCUGAGAGAUGUGCUUUAGUGGCCAGUUCAUUUUAGCAGCAUGCAGGAAUUCUCAUUUGUGUGCAUCAGAAGGUGUGCUACUGUCAGCCUCAGUGCUCUCUGUCAUAUUACGGCUUUUGAAAUGUCUUCAGGCUGAGGCUGGGGCUUCCUCUGUUAGGAAAUGAAGCUCUUCAUUGGGGAGUGUGGGAGACAGUGCAGUUGGUAUGACUUCAGUAGUUCUUUAAACAGUGAUCUUGUCUGCCUCAAUUUAACAAAAUGAUUCCUGUCAUCAAGAGAGUAAAAACAAGAAAGUAACACUGUUUUUGAUUUUCAAUUCUGAUUUUUAAUUUAGAUUAACAGAAUAAUUUUUUGAUUGAGAUUCAUUUUUAGACUGUUUUUUUUACUCAAGAAGGUGUUUAUUGCUCCACACUGAUUUAUGGUUGGAUUAAUUGUCACUUUAUUGGCCUUGUAAGUUUAUUUUGAUCCAGUGGUACAAAUAUUUUUUUUUAGUGGCUUGGAGUUCUCAGCACAGUUAGAUAACCUUACCAAAGUCCCUUUCAAGCAGGGUCGGAUUGGCCAUCGGGAGAGGGUACGGUGAGAGUACUGUACCAUAUGGCCUCCAUGACAGCAGUUGUGUGUCAAAUAAUGGGAGUUAAUUCUGAACAUGCAACGCAGAUUUUUCUGGUUAAAUGAGAAAAAUUUUGCCAAUCAACCAAUUAUGUUUGCCAGUUUUUGCUAUUAUUUACCCUCCAGCUCUUGCAUAAAUAUAAGCAACCAAGAGAAAAUCCAGAAAGUAAAUUAGGUUGUGUAGUAUUAUAAUAAUUUCAGUGAGUCGUUGAUUCGAUGUCUUGACGCACGGACCGAUUUGUUCUAUUUAUGCGCAACGUUGCAUAUCAAUAAUAAUUAUAUUUAUAAUAAUAAUAACAAAAUAUAUAUACAUAAAGAAAUAAUAGUAAAAGCAUAAAAUAUAGAUUAUUCGUAAAUGUGUUUGAUAAAAUCUCCAGUGGGCCGCAAGAAUCUUGAAAUUCCCGGUAAAAUUUUGUCUCCCAAUCUGCCCCUGCUUUCAAGUCAGUUCACUCGCCGACCAUCUUUGGAACACUCCCAGGCAGCUAUUUUCUAUGGAUACCAGCGGCAUAAAAGUACAGCUUGAAUGAGGAAAGGCCGAGAUCACCAAAUCAGUUGGUCAAGAUUACGAUCAAAGAACAUAUUUCAAAUUAGCAGUUAAAUCUGACAGCAAUGGUAUCAUAAAUAUCGCUUCUUCAGCUCAGAUCACGCUUAAAAACCGACAUUUUUCAGCUUGUCCAGCUAAUGCGCUUGCACGUUCUGGACUUGACUGACAAGCGAUGUCUGUAUCUAAAAGUUAAUUGGCUCUUUCACUUGUAAGGUGGGACUUCCUUUUCUACAUCCACUUUAUUGGGCGUUCCAAUUUAUCCCAUUCAUUUAAAUACAAGUGGUCCAUCUUGGGCUAAACAGUCUUUGACUGUACUCAGGACAGAGAACCGAACUGAUGGAACAGAUGUAGUGACGUAGUGAAUAAUGAUUGGUCAUUUAAUUCAAAUCCUGAUUUCACUGCACCACAGUGGAAAAAGAAACCAUAACCAUGCCAAUAGCCUGGAUCGGUAUGGUUCUGCAACGAGAACCAUUCAGCCUGAUGGUGGAAAAGUGUGAAAGUUGUGAAAACGAAUUCCACCGGGCCUGCUUGUGUGGCGACAAAUAGAGAUUGACUUGGAUGUGCAAGUCUAGUGGCCUUCCAGAUCUUUGCACUACAAUGCUCUGAGAGCACAGAUAAAAGGCAUGCAAUGCUUGAGUUUGCAAAGUCUCCUAAUUCAUUUUAUUGUUCUCUCUUUUGUUUAUAAGUUUCCCUCCAGAAUCAAGAACAAAUGUGCAAAAAGGUGGAGUGGAGCUGGCUGCUUUAAAUUCUUUCCUUGCUAUUUGUCUAGUGUCUGAUGUGUUUGAUAUCUUGAAUAAAAGUGAAAUAUAAAUUACAAGUGCACAUUCCUCAUCAUCAAUUAUGGUCUAUGGUGAGUUAAUGUUAAUAGCCAUGUAUAGGGUGACCAGACACCCAUUUUCAGAAGGUGUGUCUCGGUGUCCUGAAAAUUCAUAAAAAAAUGUAAAUAUGUCCCCGUUUCAGCUGUUUAGCUCACUAAAAUGAAGUAUCCUCAAUGUCCUUUUAGCAACUAAUUGGUUCUCAAUAGAGCGCAACAGUCUUGUUUCCGGAAGUAACAAUUCCAUUCCUCUUUUCCAUAGAGGAACUGAUUAUUAACAAUAACUUUGAAGACAGACCUACCGUGAGCUCGGAGGUUGUUAAUCGAUGGCAUAUGCUUCUUCGGAAGCUAUCAGUCCAGUUUAUUUCAACUUAAUUUAAAAACAAUUGCGUUUAAUAGCGGAAUUUGUGCUGGCAAACUACACUACCCAUGAUCCAGCAGAGAACGAUCCACCAAUCAUAGAAUCGCAACAAACAAAGUUCGCCAAAAGAGCUCUGCAGCAAUCAAGUUAAUCUCCCUAUACUCUCAAACUACUAACUACAGGAUAUUUUGUAAUAAACUUAAAAUAUAUGUUUCUAUACUUAUAAUCAACAUUUUUAAAUCAAGAGUUUUAUAAUUUUCUAUGUUUUUUAAUUCGAUUACUUCAUUCAUAAUACUUCAUGGGAUUGUAGUUAAUUUCCUUAUUAAAGAUGAUAAGUAGACACUUUGUACCUUUGUCUUUUUGUCCGAUUUUCAAAUACAUUUUUGCUUCAAAUCAAACUUUGUAAUAUUAUGAUUAGGGAUUUUGUGGAAAAUAUGAAAGGGAAUACUUCCGUGUACUGUUGUGCUGUUAAUUCACUGAUACUUUCAUUCUAAAACAUUACAUUCAAAUCUAAUGUGUGCAAUAUGUCAAACCCUCAAACUGCAGAACAAAGAAUCAACCCGUCCCCCAAGUGUAAAUCUGCUGAUCUUGGUUAAUUCAGUGAAAUUGAAUGUAAAACGACAUGUAAAUAUCCAAAUCUAUGUGAACAAUAUUUUAGUUGUUAUUUAUUUUAUGUUAUUUGCAUUUUAUUCUGAUCGAAAAUUCACAGUUAUUCCCCUCUACCCCAACACCACCGCAUGUCACGUAUUGAGAGUAACUAAAAUCUGGUCAGCUAUGUAUCAGUCUUAGGUAAUGAGGGAUAAAAGUUAACAGAGAAGAAUGCUGAUUAGGUGUACUCUUGGGAAUGUUCAAAUUUGAGAAUUUCUAAUUGCUUUUUAGUGUUAGUUUGGUUUGUUAGGUUGAGGUUACAAAUCUGUUCUCAAUGGUAUUGCACUCUAUUGCUGGAGGGAUCUUUGUAAUGAACACUAACGAGCGUAGUAGGGCUCUUUUCUCCCUUUCUUUUUCAACAUCUAAUGAAAGGCGACAAAAGGAUGCAUAUGAAGGUUACUUAGAAGACGUGGACCCUUUAGCUCUAGACAGCCAUUCAAUGGAUUCGUACAUAAAAAGGGCCACAGAAGAUCUGGUCGAACGAAUUACUUUACUUGCCGAUGGUGACUAUUUCAUGUGCAUAGAGCUAGAUGGGAUUUUUAACUCUUUGCUUCAAUGGUAACUUUUUAUUUGACAUUCAGUUUGGCAGGUUGAUAAGGAUGACAUUAACAUUAUUGAAUAAUAGUGAUUUUUCUGUUCGUGCACUACUGUAUAAACAAUGUGUGAUGAUUUGUGCCACUUUACGAAACAAAUGUAUUAAAACUUAUUUUAUUCUCAUGUCUUAAAUUAUUUUUGAAAUAAAAUGACUUAAAAUGGAAUUACUACUUUUAUUUAACUCAGCAUUCAUUGAUCAAUAUCAUUCCCAUGUCUGUUUAAACCUGCUUUAUGUAUAUAAAUAUACUAUCCAUUUAUACGUUUAUACUGAAAAAUGGCUCAUUGUUAACAUCUAACAAAUGUGCCAAAUGUGACGUUUUCUUGUUGGGUUUACUUGUUAUUUUGUCCCUGGUAUUUUUAUUUAAUACCAUUUCCUUGUAAGUAUGGGGAAAAUAAAUCACAUCUAACAAA